GUUCGCACAUAUACCACAGUCAAUCAUCACCAUGGCCAAAUCAAAGGACAAGCAAACAAAAGCAGCCAAGGUCGCGAAGCCAUCAGCCGCAGCGCCUAAAGUAGCGUUCGACCCUGCACUGAGUUCGUUGUUUGCAAGCAGUCUGGGCCCAGUGCAAGCGCCGCCAAAGCAGCGAUAUGAUCAAAAGCUAGAGAAGCGCCCGAAGGCGCCUGUCGAGGAGUCAAGCGAGGAGGAGGAUGAGGAGGAGGAGGAUGAUGCUGAGGACGAUGCAUCCAGCGACGAAGAGUCAGAGAGCAAUGAAGAGUCUUCAGAAGAUUCUGACAACGAGGCAGAGCUGGCUAAGCUGCGCGAAGCCACUCUAGCCGGAGAGCACGACAAGCAAAGCAAAAAGCGCAAGCGCGGUGGUCAGGAAGAGAUUGAGGAAAAGUUUAUGCGCAAACUGGCGCGUGAGGAGGAGAAGGAGGAGGAGGAGAGGCAAAAGAAGCGCAAGACAAAAGAGGUGGCAGCUGCGGACAGCGAUGAGGACAUGGAGGAGGCGUCCGAAGCGUCCGAAGCGUCCGAAGCUGCGGAUGCUACAGAGGAAGACGCCGAGAAGAUAGAGAUCCCACAGCACGAGUCUCUGGCUAAGACAGACGGCAAGUCCGAGGAAGAGCUCGAGAAAGCUGCUCGUACAGUCUUCCUCAGUAACGUCUCGGUUGAUUGCAUCAACUCGAAGUCAGCAGAGAAGGCGCUGAAGAAGCACCUCGAAUCCUUCAUUGCAGACUUGGCCGAUAACAAGCCUCCCCACAAGAUCGAGUCGAUCCGCUUCCGCUCCACAGCCUUCUCCAGCUCGCUACCCAAGCGUGCAGCUUUUGCGAAGAAGGAGAUUAUGGAUGCAACCACCAAGUCCACAAACGCCUACGCCGUGUACACGACUCAGACCGCUGCCCGCGAAGCUGUCAAGCGCCUGAACGGCUCUGUUCUUCUCAACCGCCACCUGCACGUCGACUGGCUUGCCCAUCCCAACAAGGUCGACAACCGCCGCUGCGUCUUUGUCGGCAACCUUCCCUUUGUGGACGACGAGAGCAAGGGCGUCGAACCAGAGGAUGGCAAGAAGAAGAAGAUCCCCGCAGACAUCGAAGAGGGUCUCUGGCAACAGUUUGGCAAGUGCGGUAAGAUCGAGAACGUGCGUGUCAUCCGUGAUGCGCAAACGCGUAUUGGCAAGGGGUUCGCGUACGUGCAAUUUACGGACGAGAACGGUGUCGAGGCUGCUCUUCAGCUCAACGAGAAGAAGUUCCCGCCCAUGCUCCCCCGCGUUCUCCGCGUCACGCGAUGCAGGGCAGAGAAGAAGAAGGACAAGCCUCGAGGCCCUGCGCCAUCGUCGGAGCGAGCGGGAAAGAAGGGUGCGUACCAGAAGAAAUUCUCCGCGGAGGAGAAGUCUCAGCAGGGGCGUGCGAAGGCCAUGUUGGGCAAGGGAGGUGCUGCGAGGGCGAGGGAGGGCUUCAUCUUCGAGGGUCACCGUGCGACCGAGGGGCAGGGCAAGAGCGGGCUCAAGUUCAAGGGUGCAAACAAGAACAAGAAGGGAGCGAACGGGAGAAAGAGCAGGAGUGCGGCGUGGAAGACGAGCGCGAAGAAAUAAGCCGAGUAGCAGUAGCCGUAGCAGUAGAGAGACAGCGUGGUUGAUGCUUUUCUUCGACGUCUUCACAAAGACAAAUUCAAUGUAUACUCGCAAGCACGAUCUCUCAUACAUGCAGCGACACGCUGCCAGCACUCA